AAGAAACUGUAUGCUGACUUUUAUUUUCCGGCAGAAAAUUUGCAUGAUUUUCGAGAAAUUCUUCUUUUUUUGCAUGCUUUACACUGUCGAUUGAAAAGUUGCUUACCAAAUCACCAGCCGAAACGGCUCCAAUUAGAAAGGAAUGGAGCGUUCGGCUCUACCGAUCGAAAUGAACGAUGCGAUAGCGUUUAAUCUGAUGGAUUUAAGAUCGCCUUCAUUUUCCUGAUUCCUUAGAGCCAUUUUUUGAAACAGUGUUUUUGGAGAUGGAUGGCUUCCAAUCCAACAGAAUCAAUGAAUCUUUGGAUAGAACAAUCAGUAGUAGGUCUUCUUCAUUGACCAGACGCUCGUUGAUCUUAUCUGGCACUUCUCAUCCUUGUGAUGAUGAAGACAUGGAAAAUGAAAGUGUAUCAGAAGCCGGUGAUAUUGGAGACAGGGCUCUUCUUGGUAGUAGAUCCAUAGGAAGUGGUAGAUUUCCAUCUCAUUCUAUUGACAAUUCAAUUGAAAGUGGAUCUGCUGUUCCAAUUCCAGAGGAUGCUCUUCUACAAUCUUUCAGGUUUCGAUCUCAGGAUCCCAACUUGUCAAGCAAUGCCUCACCCGUGUCCCCAUUGGCCCAGGAUAUAACUGCAUCCCUUUCCACGUAUAAUAUCGUUAGCUCUAGUGAUCAAAAGCUAGAAAGUGAGAAAAAAUUGCCUUGGCUAGUGGAAUAUGUUUCGUGCCUAGUUCAUCUUGCCAGUUUUGGGAUUCUUGGGGUUUUAACUAGAUAUUUAUUGCAAAAAUUAUUUGGGCCUGGGGAGAUUGGUGCUACUAGUGAUCACAGUUAUAUGUAUUUGGAUCUUCCUUCAAAUAUGGUCGGGUCAUUCUUGAUGGGGUGGUUCGGUGUGAUUUUUAAACAAGAUAUCGCCAGAUUUUCCGAGCAUAUUCAGAUUGGCUUGACCACUGGUUACUUAGGAAGCCUCACUACCUUUAGUGGCUGGAACCAGAAAAUGAUCGAACUCAGUGUUGAAGGCCGUUGGGUUUUCUCCGUGCUUGGUUGUGUCAUAGGUUUAUUUCUUGUGGCCUACUCCAUUAUCUUUGGUGUGGAGACAGCUGAGGGGUUGAGAUGGAUCCUGAUGAAAAGGUUCGAUUUCGAGAGGAAAUGGAAGAUGGAGGGCGGUUACAGGUCCCGAUUGGUACUGAUGGUGAUGUUUUCAGUCAUAUUGGCAACUUUAUGGAGUAUAAGUGGGUCACUUGAGAGGAAUGAGUUUCAUAAUGGUGGCAGUAGAGCACAACUUUGGCUGGCUUGCCUUGUUGGACCUGUUGGCGUGUGGAUAAGGUGGUUUCUAGCCAGAUUUAAUGGUCGAGGAAUAGGGAAAUCAAGAACCUUGAAAUGGGUUCCAUUUGGAACUCUAAUUGCCAAUGUUUCAGCAGCUUGCAUUAUGGCAGCUCUUGCAACUAUGAAAAAAGUGGUUAAUACGAAGAAUUGCGAGACGAUAGCGAGUGGAUUCCAGUUCGGGUUGAUGGGUUGUCUGAGCACGGUUUCUACGUUUGCUGCAGAGUUUCAUGCAAUGAGAGUAAGCAAACAUCCUUGGAGGGCGUAUGUCUAUGCCACAACCACCAUUCUUGUUUCUUUUGUCUUGGGAACCCUCAUAUAUUCUGUCCCUGUUUGGAUCAACAAAUACUAGUUAAACAGGAUAUAAUUCUUC